GAGUCCAGAUGGAACUUCCUCUUUGCCUUCCUGGCCUUGCCUGCCUUGUUGCAGCUCUGUGUGCUGCCCUUCCUCCCCGAAAGCCCACGCUUCCUUCUGAUGGAGAGGAGGGAUGAGGCCGGUGCAGAGAAAGGUAAACCCUCUUAAAUAAACACACACACACACACGUGUUUACAUUGCCUUUGCACAUAUGGCCUGCUGAGAUAAUGACUCACCAAAAAGAUGCUGCAGUAAAUUAGUUUGAAUUUGUGGAUGACAUCUAACUGUGUUGUGUACUUAUGAAUAUACUCAUCACACAUUGCAUUGGAAUGGAUUACAUGUAAGGGGAACAUGUUGAUUUUUAGCACUUCAAUCAACGCUGUAUCAUGCUCUUGAGCUAGCCAACUUGCAUAAAUGAUGGCAAAACCUCCUGCAGAGUGCUGAGUUGCUGAGGUGAUCAUACACAUGUGACCAACAAGAUGGUGCUGACGGAGAAGGGCGACAUCAUACGAGUUCCAACCCAACUUUGCGAUAUAGAGACUUUUAUUGUGUUUAUCUUUACUUUUUUGUACACAAAUACUAUUAUCACAUAUGACCGCCAAGCAUUUCUGGACAUCAGAUCGACAGUUACUAACCUCGAUUUUGACUUCAAAUACGACUUCAAAUCCGACUCAGCUGUUCCACUGUUCAUACCUUACCCUAUUAAUUUGUUCCAAAACGCUGCAGGCAUAGACGUGGGAAACGAGGUGGAGUCCUGGUGAAAUUGCGGCAAUGAGCCUCCCGAGUGGCACAGCAGUCUAAGGCACUGCAUCGCAGUGUUGCGGCAUCACUACAGCCUGGGGUUCGAUCCCAGGCUGUGUCAUUACCGGCCGUGACCGGGAGUCCCAUAGGGCAGCGCACAAUCGGCCCAGCGUCGUCCGGGUUAGGGGAAGGUUAGGCCGGGGGGCUUUACUUGGCUCAUCGUGCUCUAGCGACUCCUUGUGGCGGGCCGGGCACCUGCCGGCUGACUUCGGUCGUCAGUUGAACAGUGUUUCCUCCGACACAUUGGUGCAGCUGGCUUCCGGGUUAAGUGAGCGGGUGUUAAGAAGCACGGCUUGGCGGGUCAUGUUUCGGAGGACGCAUGACUCGACCUUCGCCUCUCCCGAGCCCAUUGGGGAGUUGCAGCGAUGAGACAAGAUCGUAAUUAUGAAAUUGAGGAGAAAAAGGGGGGUACAUUUUCUUUUUUGGAGGCAAAGACAAAAACGAACGGCGCUCCCCUCCGUUCUAUUGGCAAAUGUCCAGUAACUCGAGAAUAAGAUGGAUGACCUUUGUUCGAGAGUCUCCUAUCAGAGAGACUUGAAAAGCUAUAAUAUUAUAUAUUAUAUGUCUUACUGAAACGUUGCGGAUGAUAGUAGUACUCGAUGGAUUGCAGCGGCAGGAUUGUACAGCAGCUUCAGAGAAGUCGAAAGGAGGAGGAGUGUUUAAAAAACAAAAAAAAAACAACUAGUAUGCUGCUUCCAGUGUGAAGGAAAUCUCAAGCUUUUGCUCACUUGAUAUAGAAUACCUCAUGGUAAGUGGCAGACCCUUUUAUCUACCAAGAGAGUUCUCAUCUGUAAUUAUCACAGUUGUCUACAUCCCUCCACAUGCCAACACCACUCUGGUGGUCAAUGAACUGUAUGAAGCCAUAAACAAACAAGAAACUGCUCACCCAAAGGCAGCGUUUCUGGCGGGUGGAGACUAACGCGUGGAUACUUAAAACCAUCCUACCUCACUUCUACCAACAAGUCUCCUGCGCCACUAGGGGAGCUAAAACUCUGUUCUACCUACAGAAACGCAUACAAUAAGUGCAUAGAUGAUGUCAUCCCUACUGUGACUAUAAGAACGUAUCCAAACCAAAAACCAUGGAUUACAGGCGAUAUCCAUGCUGGGCUAAAAGCUAGAGCUACCGCUUACAAGAAAUGGGACACGGACAUGGAAGCAUUCAAGAAAGUCUGCUACAACCUCAGACGAGCCAUCAAACAUGCAAAAGGACAAUAUAGGAGGUUGGUGGAAUCUUAUUACACCGGCUCCGAUGCUCAUCGUAUGUGUCAGAGCUUGCAGACAAUAACAGAUUACAAAGAGAAACCCAGCCAUGAGUUGCCCAGCGAUGCAGAACUCCCAAACGAGCUAAAUGCCUUUUAUGCUCGCGUCGAGGAAUAUAACACUGUGCCUUGCAUGAAAGCCCCUGUUUUUCCAGAUGACCAUGUGAUCUUGCUCUCUGUGGCCGAUGUGAGCAAAACGUUUAAACAGGUUAACAAUCAGACGGAAUACCAGGGCGCAUUCUCAAAGCAUGGGCAGACAAUCUGGCAAGUGUGUUCACAGACAUUUUCAAUCUAUCCUUGUCCCAGUCUGUAAUCCCAACAUGUUUCAAGUUGACCACCAUUGUCCCUGUUCCCAAGAGCUCCAAGGUAACCUGCCUAAAUGACUAUCGCCCUGUAGCACUCACAUCUGUAAUUACGAAGUGCUUUGAAAGGCUGGUCAUGACACACAUCAACACCAUCAUCCCAGACACCCUAGACCCACUCCAAUUCGCUUAGAUCCCAAUUUAGGAAUUUAUGCCUUUCCUACUCACUUUGCAGUAUUUGGUAUUCAGACUUGCCUUAUUCAGUCGUAUAACGCACUCUGCAGGUGUGGCUACCUUGUGCACUCUCAAUAAAUGUCAUUCAACCACUGAAAACCCUCCCACUUGCUGGCCAACAGAUUUUCCUGUGAAGUUUUCAUUCAAUUAGGUUUUCAGUACAAUUAUCUUAAGCCAUCCCUUUAAAUACGGUGCACCUAUAAUUAGAAUUUUGUUGACAGACUCAACAGAAUACAUUGAGAGAACGGGUUCAGAAUAUAGGGAUCAAUGAAAGAAAGCCAUCUAUUUAUAUUUGUCUCCCUUUCAGCACCAACUAGUAUAUUUAAAAACACUCUGAUCUUGUAGAUUAUUUAGGCACAUUUUAGGGUUAGGAAAGUAUGUAUGAUUCAUGAAAUAGAAAACGGUUUGGAGAGCCUUUAUGCACAAAAUACUGUAUAUUGAUGAAUACAAAAUACAGUGGUUUGAUUGAUCCUGAAAGUUGUCAUAUUCAAGUUCCAUCCAUUAAAUAUUGGAAGGUGGAAAGAAAGUGUACAAUAGGGGUUGAACAAUAAUCCUAUAAAUCUACCCUAAAUCUCACUAAUCAUGGAACUGUAUGACAACUGUCUAGUCGUCGUCAACCGUGCGCCAGGCUCCAGGUUUAACCUGCUAUGUGUGGUCUAAGUUCCAUAAAGAUUAAAAUAGGCUACAUGUCCUAAAUUAUCGCACAACGUUAGCCUAGUAUGAUCCACUAAUGCUAGCGACCCUCAGGAACAAUUUACAAGGAUGUGACAGAGGAAUGAAAGGUAAACGGAAUGGAAUGGAAUGAUGCAAAAAGAAAUGUAUGUGGGUAUCACUGACGAUGGCUCCCAAUAGUGGCUAAUAUUGUACAUGAUACAAAUUGUAAAAUAAAACGUAGAAAAGCCUGGGCAUAUAAUCAAAACAUUCUAAAGCGCAUACAUCAACUCGGCAGGUUCAACCUUACAGAAAGAAGCCUAUAGCUUGGGUCUCCAAAUUUCAUCCAAGCAAAUUAAGAGGGCACACAAUUAGAAUUGGGAAUAACAGCACAGCUAUUUAUAUCCUAUUUCACUGUGGAAAGGAGCCGCAAUGUCACGUUGAUAUGAUUUUCAGUUUGCUUCUAUAUGGCUGGUUUCACAUUCGUCUCCAGGGAUCGUAAGGAAAAAUCAUCUAAUACAAUUGCUAUUUGUAUUUACAAUCCCCUUCUCUAAACGGAUUACUCAUUUACCUAGCUCUUAUCACUAGAUAUUAUCAAUCUGUAAAUUACAGUGCGUGGAGAAUAGUGUUAUUUAUAUAUUCUUUAAAUAAAGUAGUUGAAAGGCCACAAUAUAAUAUUGCAGUUUCGGCGCAAUUUAUAUUUUGGCCACUAGAUGGCAGCAGUGUGUGUGAAAAGUUUCAGAUUGAUCCAGUGAAACAUUGCAAUACUGGACUAUUUUGUAUCAAGCCUGCCUAAAUGUGCCAAAUUGGUCAAUUGAUACAUUUUCAAGUAAAUAACUAUAGAGAACAUACAAAAAUGAUAUGGUAAUACAAAAUGUAAGUUUACACACUCCCAGGAAUACCAUACAUGAUGGAUCAUUAUCUUAUACACUAACUUUCACACAUCUAGAUGGCCGGGCGGAGUGGGUGUGGAGCCAGAGACAGCAGUGGUUUAAACUGUAGAACCCAGUUCCUACAUUUGAAUAUAAAAAUUGAUUUUAUCAAACAAACCUAUAAUACAUUUUAUCUCUGGGACCCUCAGGAUUACAAAUCACAGCAAGAUUAAUGAAUGUAAGUACAUUAUUUACCUUCAGAGUUGAAUGUAUCAAACCAGUUGCCGUGAUAUGUUUUUUGUUGUUGUGCACUCUCCUCAAACAAUACCAUAGUAUUUUUUCACUGUAAUAGCUACUGUAAAUUGGACAGUGCAGUUAGAUUAACAUAAAUGUAAGCUUUCUGCCAUAUAAGAUGUCUAUGUCCUGGACAGUUUGCUGUUACUUACAACAGUCAUGCCAAUCACAUUAGCGCACAUUAGCUCAACUGUCCCGUAUACAGGACACUGAUCCCUUAGAGGUUAACGCAGCAUGCAACCCUCUUUGUAUAUAGGCAGUCAUUGAUGCAGCAUGGUCCUUUCCUCUGAAAAUAGUACUUUAAAACACAUUGGAGUCGAUGUCUCCGCCCACGCGGAAAUCAAAUUAGCAUAAUACAGAAAUCCCCAUAAAAACAUCUGUCAGUUUAAGCUAGAGAUCUCUUUUUAAUGCAUUGGAUGCAUCUCAAUCCACCGCAUCCGCCGAUGUCGCACUUCUGCGGUGAAAGGUGACAGAGCUAGAGCUGUGUUUGUCAGACCAUGAGCAUCGGUUUUCUCACUAAAUCGUCUGUAGCAUCCGAACGGUUUGGCCUACAAACUAUUAUGACCCCUCUGGAACGAUGACUCUCACGAACACGAUGGUGUUCUCCGUUUUACUCUACGACCCCCACAAGCAUCUUGGAAGUCGUCUGAAGUCGGUACAGCUGAUCUGCCAACUUCUGUCUGUAGCGUCCGAACAGUUUGGGCUACACACUAAUAAUAGGUGAGACUCUCACAAACAAGUACAUAUCAGUUGUUUUGCUCUAGGACGCCCACAGGCCACGGAAGACUCGUCUGAAGUUCCCCGGGUACCAGUUGAAAACAUUAAUGGAAGUAUACAGAGCAUUCGGAAAGUAUUUAGACACCUUGACUUUUUCCACAUUUUGUUUUGUUACAGCCUUAUUCUAAAAUGGAUUAAAUAAAAAAUUUCCCACAUCAAUCUACACACAAUUACCCCAUAAUGAAAAAGCGAGAACAGGUUUUUAGACAUUUUUGCAAAUGUAUUUUUAAAAAACAAACAGAAAACCGUAUUUACAUAAGUAUUCAGACCCUUUGCUAUGAGACUCAAAAUUGAGCUCAGGUGCAUCCUGUUUCCAUUAAUCAUCCUUGAGAUGUUUCUACAACUUGAUUUGAGUCCACCUGUGGUCGAUUCAAUUGAUAUGACAUUAUUUGGAAAGGCACACACCUGUCUAUAUAAGGUCCCACAGUUGACAGUGCAUGUCAGAGCAACAACCAAGCCGUGAGGUCAAAGGAAUUGUCCGUAGUGUUCCGAGACAGGAUUGUGUUGAGGCACUGGUACCCCCUGGGGAAGGGUACCAAAACAUUUCUGCAGCAUUGAAGGUCCCCAAGAACACAAUGGCCUCCAUCAUUCUUAAAUGGAAGAAGUUUGGAACAACCAAGGCUCUUCCUAGAGCUAGCCGCCCGGCCAAACUGAGAAAUCGUGUGCAAAGCUGUCAUCAAGGCAAAGGGUGGCUAUUUGAAGAAUCUUAAAUAUAAAAUAUAUUUGGAUUUGUUUAACACUUUUUUGGUUACUACAUGAUUCAAUAUGUGUUAUUUCAUAGUUUUGAUGUCUUCACUAUUAUUCUACAAUGUAGAAAAUAGUAAAAAUAAAGAAAAACCCUUGAUAGGUGUUCUAAAACUUUUGACCAGUAGUGUACAUUUGCAAACAUUUCUCAAAACCUGUUUUUGAUUUGUUUUUAUGGGGUAUUGUGUGUAGAUUGAAUAAAAACAAUUUAAUCAAUUUUAGACUAAGGCUGUAAGGUAACAAAAUGUGGAAAAAGUGAAGGGGUAUGAAUUCUUUCCGAAUGUAAUGUAUAUGGAGACUGUUUAGUGCCAGAAAUAAGGGGUAAAUACAUGUCAAUUAAUUUUUUUACUUACUUCUAUCUCUCCGAUAUAGGACAUUUUGUUAGUCACUCUCACUCAGAUAUCAUUAACAUGGCAUAAGUUGCAGGAAAUUAGCUUUAAAACUGCAAACUUUUCUCUCUGCCCCAUGGCAAAAUUAAUAGAAUUGUCUGAAAUGUGUUAUAGAAUUACAACAUUUUCUCUCCGCCCCAUGGCAAGAUGUGUAGAAUUCCAGGAAGUUAACUUUAAAACGUUUUUCUCUCCGCUGUCAAGACGGGGGCUACAAAAAUAAAAAUAAAGAAACCAAUCUCGCUUAGGGCUGCCAAAAGGUUAGAGCCGUUAAUAAGCAAAUAUACUAUCAAUUACUCUGCACUCAUCAGCAAAGAAAACUCCUGCUCUCCAUGUGCCUCUGGACAGCAUGUUGGUGUUGUUCCUUUUCACUUCAAAUGAGGCUAAUGGCCAAUAAUGAAUGUCCUAGUUUUCUGAAGAUGUCAGGAAGAAUCCCUCCUCCCCCCUCCUUAUACAGGUUGGCAGGUACAGACCACUGCCGUCACUAAAUCCUGCCUGUAGAGUUCUAUUAUCACAAUCCCUAGCCCAGCGUGAUGCUAGUCAGACAGACGCAGCUUGUUCUGUUCCCUCGCUGCCUUUUGUCUUCCCAUCUCCUUGCCUUAUUUAUAGUCUUCAACGUAGCCUCUUUACUAUCUACUUUCCGUGUAGAGAUUUACUGAAGUUUGAAAACUAUCAGCUUGAAGCUGCCUGGCCUAAGGCGGACAUCAUGCUGCAAUGAGAAUGCAACAACACCUGUCUGUCCAUUGUGAUAGGUUGUCAUAGCUGUUGACACUGUGUUUACAAAGAAUCAGAGAAAACCUCAGCCAAAUUCAAAUGUUUUUUGCUGUUAUUGCUUUACAACCUCAAAGGGUGUCGCCAUAAAUUGUCCUAAGGCAUUAGGAUUGGAGCUAUGCCAUUGUUAUAAUGAACUUAUUAUGAAAGCGUUAUGUUUUUCAGCCUCAAGUUUUUGCUCUCAAACUUUUCUUUCCUUUUGUCAAGUGCUCUGUGACAAUGGCGAUGUGAGAAGCAUUUGCACAAAAUAACACAAUUUCACUUAACCUGCUGAACACAAAAUAGGCCCUCCACGGGAACAAUGUCACUGUUUAUAACCUCCCUAAAGAAAGAAAAGCCCCAUGCCCUGCUAUGUGCGUGUAACUAGAAAUAUCAAGCCUGUGAUAAAGCAGCUUUUAAUCUUCUCUAUUACUGGGGAGAGAAUGGGGCAAUCCGGUACACAAAUGCAAAUGUGGUUAAAUCACAGGUAGGCCUAAUGCUGUGGGCAUCAUGUUAAGUUAAACAAAGUUCAACAGUCAGUGUUGUUCAAACUUGUUUGCUGUCACCCGCAUAGUUUUGCAAGACUAUACAGUAUCUACAGUAGGGUUGUUGAAAAUUUGGCAUGAAAUUAAAGCACGUGAUGCUGUGGGAAACAUGUUCAGUUAUACAAAGCUUUAACAGUUUAAUCUGUUUCCUGUCACUGCAGUGUUUUACAACACCAGGUUUUUGCUUUUAUCAGUAAAUAUUAGUUUUUUUACUAAGUUGGUUAUAUCAAGGUGAUGAUGGGUUGAACAAAAAGUUCAAAGAAAACACAUCUGUAAAAACGAUGUACCAUGUACGGAAGUUACCUAUUCUUUCCUGUUCAACUUAACAAACAACUCGAACCACAACUGGGCACUUUGGGAGUCAUUGUGUGUGUGUGUCUCAGCCUUCAGAGCCUUCCUAGGCAAGAAGGACGUGUCCAAGGAGUUGGAGGAGGUGCACGCUGAGAGUCGGGCCCAGAACACCCUGCACAUGGCGUCCGUCACCGAGCUCCUGCUUAACCCCGCCUUGCGCUGGCAGGUCAUCACCGUCAUAGUCACCAUGGCCUGCUACCAGCUGUGUGGCCUGAAUGCCGUAAGUGCCAGCUUUCUCUCAUCUCUGACAAUAGAGUGGACUGUUCUCUGAGAAAAAUAUUUUUUCCCCAGUGCAUUUGAAGGUAUUCAUAUUGGGGGGUAUUUGUGCCAUCAGAAAUGCACCACAUCCAACCUCCUUUUAGCACUGAAAUUUUCAUAAAUAAUUUCAAGAGGUGAUAAAACAAGUUGAUAGCCACAUGUCUGUUUAGCAUGACCAGGUGGUCAGGGAAAGCCAGGAGUCGUCAGGCCAGGUAGUCCUGAGGCAUGGUCCUAGGGCUCAGGUCCCCUGGGAGGAAGGGAGUCGUCAGGCCAGGUAGUCCUAAGGCUCGGGUCCUCCGGAUGGGAGGGAGGAAGAGAGGUUUGAUAUACUAUUAGAAAACAAAAUAUUGGGCCUCCUGAGUGGGGCAGCAGUCUAAGGCACUGCAUUGCAGUGCUAGAGGCGUCACUACAGACCCGGGUUAGAUCCCGGGCUGUAUCACAACCGGCCAUGAUCGGGAGUCCCAUAGGGCAGCGCACAAUUGGCCCAGCGUCGUCCGGGUUAGGGGAAGGUUUGGCCGAGGGGGCUUUACUUGGCUCAUGGCGCUCUAGCGACUCCUUGUGGCAGGCCGGGCGCCUGCAGGCUGACCUCGGUCGUCAGUUGAACAGUGUUUCCUCCGACAUAUUGGUGCGGCUGGCUUCCGGGUUAAGCGGGCAGGUGUUAAGAAGCACGGUUUGGCGGGUCAUGUUUCGGAGGACGCAUGACUUGACCUUCGACUCCCGAGCCCAUUGGGGAGUUGCAGCGAUGAGACAAGAUCGAAAUUGGGGAUCUAAGAAUGGAAUUACUAAUAAGUGGCUUCGCUCUCCAUCAGCAGUAGUUGAGAUGGAAGUGUUAUUAAGUUGGUGACAGUCAGGUAAUGACGGCGAUUUUGGUUGAACACCAUGUUGGAGGGGAAGAAAAACUCCUACUGAUAGAUAAUAAUCCCCUUUCACAGACAAUAUUAAAUCAGUCUAGAUGUUAUUUGAACUUGCUGAAUUAUUCAUGCAAGGUUUAAUGCAGCAUGAUGGUUAAUGGGAUUUAUGGGAGUAUGCAAUCUAUUGCAUCAAUGCUCAACGUGCUUAUUCAUUUACCAGUCCUCGAAAAACUUGUUAUCUCCCCCCAGCCCCAAUAAAACUGUUUUCAGGAAUUUAAAUAAACAUUUUAUUUUCAGAAAUAUUGCCUAAACUUCACAAGGUAUUUUUCCUAAGAAACUUCAUUACGAAGGCAUUACCGGUGACUUUGCUGUGUGAUAGGAACUAGACAGAAGGAAUGAGAUGCUGAUGACAGUGUAUGAGCAUGAGGGCUCACAAUGAAAAGGCUCGAUUAGUAUCAAUCCAAGGACACAGUCGAACAAGAACAAAUGGAACUUAUGGCUUCAUUAAAUCACUAAUCGACCGUAAUUGGCAUUAAAUGGGCAUUUCUUUCCGGCCCGUAAGACAGACAGGAGAUUGGGCUUGCAAUUUAAAGGACAAGGAUGUAUCCAUAGAGAUAACAUUUUUAAGUGUUCUAUUUAAUUCUGUAGCUGUAUCCUCACUGGCGUAGUUACUGUACAAGGCUCUUAUUAGCUCCUCAGUCACUGGACCUUUAAAAUAUUAAUAUACCAGUGCCACCAAUUGCUUUUGUAGGAAUGUGGUGUUUAUCUUAAAAGUGAGCCGCUAAUAACGUUCUUUGUCUUACAAAAAGGGCAUCAGGUAGCUUAGUGGUUAAGAGUGUUGUGCCAGUAACCGAAAGGUCGCUGGUUCUAAUCCCCGAGCCGACUAGGUGAAAAAUCUGUCUGUGCCCUUGAGAAAAGCACUUAACCCUAAUUGCUCCUGUAAGUUGCUGUGGAUAAGAGCAUCUACUAAAUGACUAAAUUAUUAUUAUUAAUUAUUAAAAAGAAACAACACUUCCAAAAAAGUGAUUUGGGUUUACAUUCUUGGAGGUGUUGCUAUCCCUUUCGUUUUUUUGUAGGACAAAUAACUCAAUAUUGUAAAGGCAUUUAUUUCUAACCUGCAAUUGGGCAAGGUCCAUGUGAAAGUGUCAAUAAAUUAUGCAGAUUUGAAACGUAAUUGUGCAAAUCAGGUUUUAAUUCCCCUGCUCCUGACCUUGGUGGUUGAAUUGAUAUUUAUGCAGUCUUUUCUAUAUUCUCUGCCUAUUUCAACUACCUGGCACUGGACUGCUUUAAUUCUGAAACUCAGAAAAAGGCAUUCAUCUCUAUACAAUAUACUUCUCUUUCCAUUUCAAUGGUUAAAUGCUAUUUGAAGUCAGGGUAGUUUUCAAUGGGUUCAAUUGGUGUGGGGUAUGCUUUAUUCAUAGUUAUUUAUUGAUAUGGGUGGUGGACAAGAGAUAUGAGCACAUGCAGGCCAAAGCAUUGACGUGGCCUAAAAUGUCCACACUUUUGAUGUGGUGGAAUUGGUUGAUCAUUGUUAUCUCUUGACAGAUCUGGUACUACACCAAUGGGAUCUUGAGGGACUCAGGCUUUGCAGAGAACGUGAUCCCAUACAUCGUCAUCAGCACAGGCGGUAUAGAAACUCUGGCUGCCAUUGUCUCG